AUCACAAAGGAAUACCAAAGCUUUCGUGUUGGCAACAUCGAGACGCCUUAGGAAAGGAUAUUACCGAAAGCAAAAGGAUGGACAAGAGACUGUUGAGUAUCGGGCUACUUCUUGCACUGGUUUUUAUCCUCUCAACAUGGACUUCUGAAGCGAAACAUCACAGACAUCACCAUCUUAAAAACAUACUUCGACACAAAAUUCAAAAACACGAAACGGACAAGAAAGUGAAAGCCAAAGCAGAAGAUAAAGCAGAGGAUAAACCAGAAGAAGAUGCGAGUGGAAGUGGAAUCGAAAAGGAUGGUGCGCCGGAUUCUGAAGAAGAUGAUAAAGCAGACGAUGAGGAAACCAGAGAAGAGAACUUGAGAGAUGAAGAAGAAACCAGAGAGAAGGAAGAAGCAGAGAGAACGUCCAAGAAAAAAUUGCACGAUGAAAUCGAAGCCGAUAAAGGAUCUCUCAGGGAACUUCUAGACUCAAGUAUAGAAAACCUUGCCAAGGCAGGAAAAGCGAUUCAGGCUAUCUUGGACGCUACAGGAAAAAACAAAGUGAGCCAAACUUGUCCUGGAACAUGCCCGGAUGUGUGCGCACCCGGAUGUAUCUCGACCUGUUGCAAUCCAACGGCAAGUCCUAUGGCUCAAACUGCAGCCCAAGCUCCUUACCCUAGUGCUUAUCAACCUGACCCAUACCAAUAUGCCGCAGCUCAACAACAGUACAGCCAGUAUGGUCAGCUACCACAAGCUGCACAAGCAGCACAGGUUCCUCAGGCUCUCCCAGCUCCACAGACACCCCAAUACCCUCAGCAACCAUCAGCACAGCAGUGUCCACAGCAGUGCUCUGUGAUCCCAUGUCCUAGCGCCUGCCCACAAAGCUGCUGCAGUGCACAGCCACAGUACCCUCCGCCGGCUCAACAAGCGAUGAGUGCACCAAAUUUUCUGGUCCUUCCUCCCGCCCCAAAGAAACCAAACAACACCCAGUCGUCCAGCUGUGCUUCACCAUGCUCUCAAUCGUGCGCUCCUUCUUGUCUCCCAAGCUGCUGCUCCCCCUCCAUGGGCAUGCAAAUGGCAAUGCCUUAUCCACAGCAACCACCGAUGAUGCCCCAAAUGCCUCCGAUGCCUCAGAUGCAACAACAAAUGCCACAACAAGCAUGCCCACAAGCGUGCCAACCCGCUGCACCCGGUGGAUGUGCACCGCAGGCUCAAUGCCCGCAGCAGUGUUGCCCAAAAGGGCGCAGAUGAAUUUCUGUUUGAAGUCAACAAUAUCCACUCAUAAAAAGUAAUAAAAUGAAAAAGAAUUGAAUCAUAUUUCUAAGAAAGGUAAACCGUUGGAUUUCGGGGUAACGCCUAAGGCGUUCAAAGAAUGUGUAGCUAUAGGAGCAACUGUGUGGAUUUUUGGCUUGUGUUCUUAGGUACGUGAUGUACAAAAAAACUAUUUGCUUUAAGAGUUAUUUCAUCAUUAGAGCUCUUUAUGCGAUAUUAGAUUAGUUAGUUUAAGCAUCAAACGUAUGCAAAAACGGAAAACACCAAAAUUUAUUUCGACAUUGCUCAUUCCCUGGUCUCCUUAGAUUAAAUUUGUAUCAAAAAUAAUCGAAAAUAUCCAGUUUAUGCAAACCUUUCAAAUUAAGUGUACAAACAGCUGAAAUAAGACUAACAGAAGUUUCA